CGCUAUCGAUAGCAAUGUCGAAUAAUAAUUGACAUUUGUAUCACCUCUAGCAGCCACUCUGAAAACAACCUCACGCGUAAUAAAUAUAAAUAUUUUCUUAAAUAUAUUAAGCGAAAGAAAAAUAAAAUUAAAAGAUUAGGUGACCGAUAAGACCAGUGAAUAGGCAGUGGCACAAUAGGAGUCAGCUCGCGCAAAAGUACAGAUUGUGUUAAUCAAAUUUUUUGCAAACGCAAUUCCCACCCACUGCUUGACGUCAUUGCUUUAGCAAACAUGAAAACCCCCAUUUCCGCUGCUGCGAAUUUAAGUAACCCAAAUGCUGGCAGUGCCGUAGCAGCUGCCAUUCAGAUCGUACCUAAAACCGAACCCGUUGGAGAAGAAGGCCCCAUGUCGCUGGACUUCCAGUCGCCGAACCUUAGCACAUCCACCCCUAAUCCUAACAAGCGUCCCGGAUCCCUAGAUCUGAACAGCAAGGGUGCCAAGAACAAGCGCAUCUUCGCCCCACUCAUCAUUAACUCACCGGAUCUGCAGGUCAAGACGGUGAGCACACCCGAUUUGGACAAGAUCGUGCAGUCCAGCAAUUUCAUCCAGACACCGCAACCGGGAAAGGUUUUCCCCACCAAAGCGGGACCCGUCACCGUGGAGCAGGAGGACUUCGGCAGGGGAUUCGAGGAGGCCCUAAAGAAUCUGCACACCAACUCCCAGGCAUUUUCGGCCGCCAACUCUGCCCCCAAUAACACAACUGCGACAGCCAUGACUGCGGUGAGCAAUGGCAUCAGCGGAGGAACCUUUACCUACGCCAACAUGUCCGAGGGCUUCUCGGUGAUCAAGGAUGAGCCCGUCAAUCAAGCCGGCUCGCCCACCGUUAGUCCCAUCGACAUGGAAACGCAGGAGAAGAUCAAGCUGGAGCGCAAGAGGCAGCGCAACCGCGUGGCCGCCUCCAAGUGCCGCAAGCGGAAGCUGGAGCGCAUCUCAAAGCUGGAGGAUCGUGUGAAGUUACUCAAGGGCGAGAACGUCGACCUGGCGGGCAUAGUAAAGAACCUAAAGGACCAUGUUGCGCAACUGAAGCAGCAGGUGAUGGAGCAUAUUGCCGCUGGCUGCACAGUGCCGCGAAACUCGACAGAUCAAUAACAUUUAGAGUUGUCAGCCGGGGAGGAGGACGUUGCACUGGAGACUGAAACCCCCUCGAAUCGUGAGGUUCCCGAGCAGCCUAUGCCUCUGGAAUUCUUUUCAAGUGCUAGCACCGGUGCCUUGGAGCUGGAGGGCUCGCCCUCUCAGGAUAUUUCCCUAACUAAUAGCGAUCUUCUGGAGGGGGAUAGCGAAAAUGAACGGCCUCUGGUGCUCUACAUCCUCGCGGACGAUGCAACCUGAUGCAUUAUUGUGCCUUUCUUUGAUUUUAGCUGCAAUAUCUGAAAUGCUUCUUAAGUGUUUUGUUUACUUAGUUAUUAGUAUAAGCUACUGUUAAUCAAGUAUUAUCUGUGUUGAACGUAAGAUAAUAUAUAAAGUAAUUUAAAAAUA